AUGGCACCACCAAAUACGCCCUCGGCGACGGCAGUGGCUUCGCAACCGCCAGUGCCAAUUUCCAUCACCAUCUGCGGCGACGGCGGCUGCGGUAAGUCGUCUAUCACGUUGCGGCUCGUGCGCAGCCAGUGGACGAGCGAGUACGAUCCGACGAUCGAGGACAGCUAUAGCAUCACGCGGCGCAUUGACGGCGUCGUAUACCACCUCAGCCUGACGGACACGGCGGGCCAGGAAGAGUACCGGGGGAUGUGGGCGUCUUCUAACCUGGGCGCUGACGCUUUCCUGCUCGUCUAUGACAUCACGUCGCGCGACAGUCUGGACGCGCUGCAGUACUUUAACGACUUGAUCGACAUGGAAGCUGAGACGCGGCUGGACAACGCCGCGCGCGCGCGCAAGGCGGGGCUGGCGCUGAGCCCGACCACGAGCCACCACCCACAUAUAUCCCACGACGGCAGCGGGGGCGGCGGGACGAUGCUCAACGGCGGCGCGGGAUCCGGCGCGAAAAUGAUACCCCCGGUCAAGAUUGUGGCCGGCAACAAGUGCGACCUGCAGGAGAGCCGACAGGUGCCUGCGGCCAUGGGGCUCGACUGGGCGCGCCGCCGCGGGUGCGGCUUCAUGGAGACGAGCGCCCGCCUCGAGGUCAACAUCGAGGAAACGUUUGCCCUGAUUGUGCGCCGCGUCGUCGAGAGCCGCCGCCUCGCCGAGAUGGGCAUCACCGACGCCGAAGCCGGCAUGAACAGCCGCGGCAUGACCAAGCCGCUCACGCCACUACCCUCUACAAGCGAGGAUGAAAAAGUCGGUGGCGACGGCAGGGGCCCAGGCACGCGCGGUCCCCAUAUCCAUGGUGAUCGUGUGGGGAGGGCCGCCGGUGGGCUCUGGAAGAAGCUCAGAUGUUGGUGA